CCAAAUUUGCCAGACUCUCACCUCUGCUCUCUCUUUCUCUCUCCGUAAUAUGAAAACAACGAGCUGAUAAGAAGGCCUAUCUUCUGCCUCAUCUGUGUAGCUUCGACAUUCAAUCUGAGCCGUGUAUUUAUAUAAAUUUGCUUUUAUAUAUCCAACGAAAUACAUUUUAAACCACGUGAUUGCCCUCGUCAUUGCCAUUAUACUCGGAUCAUAAUCUUAUCUCGAAUAUAUCGCAUAUUAUAGCCCGUGGAACCACGUGAAGUCAUUCAUACAGCGAAUAUAGAUAUAUAUAAUAUAAAUCGUGUACAUUCGCCGGUGAGCUCUCGAGUUCAUUCGCAGUUUACACUUCGCACCCGGCGUGUUGGAUUGUGUAUCUCUUUUGAGAGCGUCUCUUCGAGUCUCAACGCUUACUCAUACCCACAAUAUAUACCGAUCGUGUAUAUAGCAGAAAAAACGCAUCAAGGCACAUUCUUUGCUGGCAAAAAUGGUCGUGAGGCACUACAUCGAGGGCUACGAAAAUUUCCUUGAGUUCAUCGAGAAUUGGGACAGCAACAAGCCGACCUUCGUCUUAUUCACCGGAUCGAAAUUGGAAUCUGGCGAGAGCUGGUGUCCCGACUGUGUCGUGGCCAAGCCCCACAUCGAGAGAGGCUUCGAUGCUGCCCCUGACAAUUUUCAUUAUGUUGUUGUUGAAGUAGGAAACAGAUCUUUCUGGAAAGAUCCAAAGUGUCCUUUCAGAUCAAACCCAAAAACACAGUUGAAAGUUUUACCUACACUUGUGAGAUGGGGAACGCAGAAACGAUUGGAAGGAGAUCAUUUGUUAAAUCCAUCCCUCAUUAGUUUGUUGUUGAAUGACGAAGAUUAAAUUAAAAGGACAGUUUAACGCUCUGAAUAGUUUGUCGCAAAUAUAAAUGAAUAUUUUUAUAAUCAUGUUUACAUUAAGUAUCUCAAGCCAUUAAGAGUGUUGAUAUUAUACAAUAACCACAUAAAAUAAUUAUAUUUACAUACAGUUGUUCUAUCUAAGUAAAAAGAUAUAUAUAUAUUUAUAUAUGUAUAUCACACAUCCUAUGCCACAAAUUGCAAAAAUACAUGCUUUAUGUACAAAA